GUGUAUAUUGCUGGUUUUCCUGAGUAUGCGCAACCAAUGAUUGACCAUUUAGUUAACAUGAAGAUUAACCACUGGGAUAGCGUUAUUCGAGAACUUGCAGCCAAAGCUCUACACAACCUCACGCCACGGGCUCCUGAGUACAUGGCCCAUGUGGUUUUGCCAAGACUUCUUCCUUUAUCAGUGGGCACGGAUCUGCACACACGCCAUGGGGCAAUUCUUGCCUGUGCUGAGAUCACCCAGGCACUGUGUAAACUAGCAGAAGAGAAUAACAGAUCUGUCACACACUACUUGAGCGACACAGCCCUGGAGGGACUUAAACAAAUCCACCAAGAGCUUUCCAGUCGUCAGUUGUACAGGGGUUUAGGAGGAGAGCUAAUGAGGCCAGCCGUCUGCAAUUUAAUUGAAAAGCUGUCACUAUCGAAAAUGCCAUUUAGAGGGGAUCCAAUAAUUGGUGGCUGGCAGUGGCUAAUAAACAACACCCUGAGGAGUCUCCCUCACAUUUCAAGCACUGUGAGGCAGCAUAUAAAGGACUCUGCAGUCUCCGCGCUGACUGCUCUGUGUAAUGAAUAUUACAUCAAUGAACAGGGAGAAGCUGAUCCAGCUCUACAAGAUGAGCUGGUGACACAGUACAUCUCAGAACUUCAGAACCCAGAGGAAAUGAUUCGCUGUGGCUUUUCACUAGCUCUUGGGUCCCUUCCAAGAUCUCUGCUGAAGGGCAGGCUCCAGCAGGUUUUGGAAGGCUUGAGAAAGGUUACCCUUGUUACCCACACAGACACGAGCUUUGCAGAAGCCAGAAGAGAUGCCCUAAUAGCAAUUGCAAAGGUUUGCCAGACAGUAGGUGUGAAGGGAGAUGGAUCCCAGGAAGAAUAUGUCUGCAAGGAUAACGUCACCCCGAUCUAUGCCAUGCUGCUCAGUGGGGUGACAGACUAUACCACCGACAGCCGCGGGGACGUGGGAGGCUGGGUACGUGAAGCUGCUAUGACAAGUUUAAAGGAGGUGACACUUUUGCUGGUACAGAAGGAAGCAGAGUUAAUUAAUGCCAACAUUUGCAGGCAGAUUAUGUGCUGGCUGGCCCAACAGGCAGCUGAGAAAAUUGAUAAAUUCCGAGCUCAUGCAGGAUCUGUGUUCCUUACUCUUCUACAUUUUGACCGUCCUCCAAUUCCACACAUACCUCAUCGAGAAGAACUAGAGAGGAUAUUCCCAAGGGCAGAGGCAGGGACUCUCAACUGGAAUGCCUCCGCAGAAGCGUUUCCUCGCAUCACGCAGCUCCUGGCUUUGCCCGUGUACCAGUACCACGUGCUCCUGGGCCUCACCGUGUCUGUUGGGGGAUUAACAGAGACAACGCUCCGCUACUCGGCACAGAGCCUGUUCGACCACAUGAAGAAAGUCCAGAGCGACCCCGGCGCUGUCGAGAGCUUCUGCGAGACCUUGCUCAGGGUCUUCGAGGACAACCUGCACAACGACCGGGUGUCUGUACCUCUCCUGACGAUGCUGGACCAAAUGCUGGCCAAUGGCUGUUUUGAAAUCUUAACCACGCAGGACAACCAUCCAUUUCCACUGAAGUUAUUUGCUCUGUGUAAAGAAGAAAUCAAAAAAUCCAAAGACAUACGGAAACUUCGCUCCAGCAUCGGAGUGUUUUGUGGCCUGAUUCAGUUUCAAGGAGACAUGAGAGAGAAAGUUUUAUUUCAGUUGUUUAUCCUUCUUUGCCAUCCCUUUCCUUUAGUAAGGAAAACAACUGCCAGUCAGAUUUAUGAAAUGCUGAUAACCUACAGCGACGUGGUUGAUCCUGCCCUUAUGGAUGAGGUUCUGACCAUACUCAGCGACACCAACUGGGAAGCUGAAUUAACGCUAGUAAGAGCGAAACGCAACUGUCUCUGUGAUCUGCUGCAAGUGACCAGACCACAGCUGGUAGCCAAGGGCUCGGCGUGA